AUGGCGCAGCUUCCCGACAAAGGUGACCUAAAAUGUCGCCAGGGCCGCUUUGCCGAAAUCAUUGAGCUAAAGCAUGACGUUGGUGAGGUGGAAGAAACCAACAAGAAGAACAGGAGCAAAUCAGGUUCUGCUCGAGGCCCAACAGGUCUCACCAGGAGUCGUGGAACUGGCUUUGAAAAUAGCCGCAUUGAGGAAUGCAUCCAGCGUUUCCGUGCACGCCGUCGCCUCAACACAGAGAUGACGGGCUACUUCGACGCUUACCUAUUUCUCGGGGGAAUCGACACUGCGCAGCGUCAGUUCACUGGAUCUGGUUCGAACUCGAAAACCAAUCCCGACUUCCAGGAUAUGGACGCAGAUGAACCGAACCUGAGCGCUGGGAGAUUGACUUCAACUGGCAUUGUCGCCGGGUACUUGUCCGAAGCAGUGCCGAGGCUCACAGGACAGAACUAUCCAGCCAUGAACGCGGCUGUCGCUGUGGUUGAGAACUUUCUCCGCUACAUCCUUCACCACGGCGUCUGCCCUGAGUACGACGGUGAUGUCCGAAGUGCACUAGCUCAAUGCCUGACAGCACGUGUUGACUUGCCUAAGGCUCAUCACGCGUUGAUCGCAUUUCCCGGUGAGUUCGGUCUCGCGGCCGCUGAACUAUUCUGUAACGACUACGUGUUUGUCCCAAGGGAUUCCAUGGGUUCUUUCAAGCGAGUCGAAGGCUUUGACGCAAGAACCACUUUCGCUACUGGAAUCUUGCUUGCCGGUACUGACACCCAGGUUGCGAACUUACUUGAUGCCGGUAGAGAGUUCGAAUCCGUCAGGGUCUUCAAGGAGGAGGAUUGUGACCUCGAAAUCAUCUCUGUCAACCGGCCGUCACAGGAACUCCGCCAGCAGUACAGAUCCGUCUGCCUGCCCUCAAGUCAUCCAGCUUUGCAGCCCAUAGGCAUAGCCAUGGUCAAGCCAUGCGUGAUUGAGGACGGCUAUGAUACUGGCAUUCUGGCUGCCGCGCAGGAACUCGACAAGACAGAGCGUGAAGUACUGCUGGAUGACCACAUUCUGUACUUUUUGCAGUCUGGCAUGAAGAUACGUGCCACGGUGUGCGAGCUCACCAUGGGUGUUACCUUCAUCAAGUCGGUGGCUGAUGUGCUGGUGCCGUGGUUUGUGUUCCUGCCGCAAACACUCAUGCGUGGGUUCCGCGAGCCGCGAGUGAAUGAUCGGCCCGCGCCAUCUGCAACGGGACCUGGCGCAGUAGAUGGCGACGCAGAGAACGAAGAAUAA